AUGCAGGCGUGUGUGGAGCUCCUGGGAGGGAUUGCCAUCGUUGACAAAUCUCCUCCAGAGCUGCUGAACAUUUCUCUGCUGUUUUUGUUCUCGCUUUCAAAAACUGUGACUUCCCAUCUCCGCGCUGUACCCAGUAGUACAGCUGAAGAAACUGUGCCGCUGCGUGGAGCACGGCUGUGA